AUAUUCUCAAACAACGCUCUCUUCCAUUGAGCAAAACGAAAAUAAAAAGGAAAAGAAAAAUAUUUAAGAGAAAAAGCAAAACUAGGCUUAGCUUAAAGCCUCAUCGCUUAACGCCUUCUGUGGCGGCUCUGAGAUUGGAUCGGUGUCUUCUAAUCGAUCUGAAAUCGAGGCGAUCUCUGUCGGUGUUUCUUCAAGAACUCCGCCAUGGGUGCGGCCGCGCAGCAACAGCAGCAACAGCAACAACAAGCGCAACGGCAACAGCAACAGCAACAGCAGCAAGUUCCCUCAGCGUCAACGGCAUCGGCCCAGGAGGAGGCCUUGAAGAGAAGCACCGAUUGCGUUUACUUUCUCGCAUCUCCUUUGACGUGCAAAAAGGGGAGUGAAUGUGAGUAUCGGCAUAGUGAAUAUGCCAGGCUUAACCCCAGGGAUUGCUGGUACUGGUUGAAUGGUAAUUGCUUGAAUUCUAAAUGUGCGUUCCGGCAUCCGCCUCUGGAUGCUUCAUUAGGAACCCAAGCAGCUACUUCUGUUGGAUCUUCUCUGCCUCCAUUACAGACUGCAGCAACGCCUGCAACACAUGCUCAUAGUUCCAGUAAACAAGCAGUCCCUUGUAUUUUCUACCAAAAGGGGCUUUGCUUAAAAGGUGACAAAUGCGCCUUUUCCCAUGGACCGAGCCCAACCACUAGCAACAAAGUCCCACAGGCACUAGCAGCUAUCCAUGUUUCUGAGCCUCCAACUUUUAAGAAGACUUUAGGAGGCCUUGAAAAGUAUUCUCAGGGGCAUAAGAUUCCGCAGGUGAAUGUUUCAACAUCAGUUGGAGUACCUCCUGAAGUUAAAUAUACUCCCAAAGCUGAAAGUGCAAGAGCUGAAACUGUUUUACCAAGAAACUUAGUCAGUGUUGAGAGGAAUGUACCACCGCCUACAAGGUUGGACGAUGAAGCUCCUAGAUACAAGGCAACAAAUGUUCUUCCUGUUAUUAGUGGAAACUCCGUCAGCCGGUCCAGUCGUUCACAGCAGGCUCAUGUACCAGAGGAUCAUAGUUUCCUGAAUGGCAAGGAUGCUGAUGAGUUUCUGAGAGAGUCCUCUCCUGGCUUUGAUGUUCUUGUAGAUGAUGAGCUUGCUGAUUCUGAUUACUACCAUGGUGAAGAUCAAUUUGGGAGAACAAGGGGCCAUGAAGGAAGGAAUUUGAAUCCUGUGAAUGAGUAUGAUAUGGUUCAUUCUGCUGAUUAUAAUUCAAUGGCUGAUGUUGAUCGAGAAGGGUUCUGCGAUCCACGAGCCCAUGGCUCAUAUGAUCACAUGCAAGGGCAGUAUGCCUGGGAGGAGCAUGGGGCUUCAUCUGAGAGAAUGUUAGCGGAACCAGCUAAUCUGGAAAGGCGAAGGGGUUACCAUAAAUCUGAUAGUCCUGAUCAUGUCAAUGAGUCAGAUCUUCGACAUCAUUUAGCCAAGCAGAGGAGGGUUAGCGGUUUGAGAUCUGUUGUCAGUCGUGAUUAUGCUCACAACAACCAUGUUGAGGAGCAGAGGUACCGGCCUUCUUCACGGAAGGAUGCACUUCUUACGCCCUCAAAUGAGAUCUCCCUAAGUAAUCGCUUCCGUGGUAGAAUUAAGCUUCCGGGGAGAUCUUCUCCGGUGAAUGGUAGUGAUUUGCGUCCAGAAAGGGAAUUGGACAGGGUAAGGAAUUGGGGCAGGUUGUCACCUGGAAGGCCACACAUCUCUCAUCAGGGAAGGCUCCGAGACAGAAUAAAAGGAAAGAUGCAAGAUGAUUACAAUGGCGAGGGGAGAAAUUUCAGGGUUCCACAGAUAAGAAGAGAAAUAUUGGAUGAUGGCGGUGAUUUCAACCGUCCAAAAAGUCUUGCAGAGUUGAAAGUUGUGAAGAGUUCAGAGAGUAAGGACCAGCAAUCACUUGGAAAGGAAAAGAACAUGGAGAAUCAUCGACAAUCUGAAGGUCAUUUUUCAUUUGAGGGGCCAAAACCUCUUAGUGAGAUUCUCAAGAGAAAAAGAGGUGCUUCAGUAGCAGCUUCUGGGAGUGGCAAAUUAUAUGUCAAUAAAGAAGAUGGUAAUCAGAUUGAAAUCAACGAAAGCUUGACAAGUGGCUCUGAGAGGAUGGCGGUUGCAGAUAUACAAAAUGCCAAGGAAGAAGCGGUCUGCCAUUUGCUUGGCAAUGUGGAAGAAUCUAAGUCAGCAGCAGCUGUUGCGGUUGGAACAGUGGCAGAGAAAACUGGUGAAGCUUGUGGUCAUUCUUCUGAAGCGCCCAAUCUGAAUGAGUUUGAGGCUGAAGAUGGUAUGAUUUUUGAUGAAACUAUUGAGGAUCAGGAACUUGAAGCAGAUGAUCAGAGGGAUGGGGACUAUGAAUACGAGCAAGUUGAUGAGGGAGAGUAUAAUAUUGAGGAAGGUGAGAAUGCAGAUCCUGAAGAGGAGUACCUGGAUGAUGAAGAUGGGGAUGAUGACUUUGCUAAGAAGAUUGGUGUCGUGUUCUCAUGAUUGUAGGGAAGGGAAAGAGAGCGACAGAGGGAGCCGACUGCUCAUAAACAUUUCGUCAACACUCAUUUCGGUGGUUGUUUCUGAUUGAGCAGGAUAACUGCUAUGGAUUUAUUUGUAGAAGUAGGACGUGAGUUUUCUCUUGUAUUAAUCAAAACCUUUCAUUGUAUUUGAAUCUUAUUGAAUGGGGAUUUUCUUUUUCUUUUUCGCUUGAGGCAUUUUGCUGUACUCUCCUGUUAAAGUUGCUUGCAGAGUGCAUGCCUGUAACAGUAGAAAGUCAAUAAGAAAAUUGCUAUUUACUUCUC